ACCGUCUGCUUCUCUCUGACCUGAAUAUCUGCCGUUACUUCCAAUUCAAUCCUUCUCCACCUUGUUACCUCUGACCUUAAGCCUCUCCAGCCGCCCUCUAAACUCUCUCUCUCUAAUUCCCCCAUCUGUUCACCGCUUCCCACGCUCCUUGUGUGACUCCCACUCAUUGCUCCCAAUUUGUCUAAAGUUUGCCAACACUUCCAGACCGUCCCUAACUCGGGGAUUAUCACCUCUUGUCUCCUACCUCCCGCCUCUGUAACUCCUCUCCCUUCAAUGUACUUUAUUAUUCUCUCCCACCUCCAAAUCAACCCACACGUCACUGAAACUGUUGACGUCUUGGGUGUUUCGGGCUUUUAUAGUCACCAGAGUCGACUGAAGCUUCGGGGAACAGAGCAGGGAAAAUAUAAAUGUACCGAGAGAGAGAGAGAGACACACACACACACAGAGGAACCCUCCACUGACAUCAACGCUAGCACACAAGAGACUAAGCAGAAAGGACGCUUCAGUCGAAAGAGAACGGGAUUCGUUUGAAAAAUUCAAACUUUUGUAAAAAUAUAUAUUUGUAUCUUCGAUAUUCCUCCGUCUCGAUCCAGAUAGGGUCAGUUUUAGAUAGGAGCUAGACUAAAGGUUGGAAAAGGUAUUUAGUGGAAGGACAUUGGACUGCAGCUGAGGGAGGGUUUGAGGGAAGAGAGUUUGGAGGGGUGGGGGGAGGCGAAGAUCGCAUUUAUCCUGAACACCGACUGUGUAGACUUGGAGUGACUCCAGCAGCGACUUGUAGAGAAACUGAACCUUAUCUGAGCGGGAGAGGUGCACAUUCUGAGAAAAAGAACACUUUCUAGGUUCCCUCCCUCCCCCAGCUCCACUCUCCAAAGGUUAUUUCACAUAAACACGUUGAGGCACACGGCGAGGUGAUGCGGCUGAUCAGAGAGACCUUUCAGUUCCUGGCCCUCAUCUCUCUCACCACUUUCUUGGUCUUGCUCCAGGCACUGCCAACCGGCAAACUGCAGCCGAGCAGUCAGCAGGGAACGAGCAGUAGCAGCACGGGAGGCGAGGUCAAAAGCCAAUCAAUGCCGAGGUCGACUCAGAGGCCCGAGGAAAACAACAAGCUGGAGAGUUGGAAGCAGAACAGCCAGCAACACCACAAGCAGCGGUGGUCACCUCAACAGACGCAGGGCACUCAGGCACAGCCAAACUUUGGGUCCAACUUGGAGGAAGUGGAUCCUUUCGUCCUGGACCUGAAGAAUUUCCCUGACCUGACAAAUGCAGAUCUUAAUGCUCAGAACCCAAAUAUUCAGGUCACCAUUGAGGUGGUGGAUGAUCCUCAGGCAGAAAUUGAGAUGGAUCUCCUGAAGGGGAACCGCAAUGACUGGUCCAUAUCCUCAGCGGAAUGGCUGUCCUACAAAGACAUCUUCUGGCCCUUGUUUUGGGAGUAUCCAGACUCAGCCGAAGUUGGCAGUUUGGAUUCCUCAAACGGGAUGGACAGCGAUGAAGACGAUGACUAUGCUGUUGAAUAUGAAGGAGAAGACACAGUCCUAAGCACUUUGGAUGGUGUCUGGGAUAGAAGCUGGCCUUUGCAAAAUAGCUGGUCUUCCAAGGAGAAGUUUAACUAUGAAUAUGAAGAUAAUGAAGACUGGAGUGCUUGGUCCCCCUGCACUGUAACAUGCGGCACUGGGAACCAGAAACGCACCAGGUCCUGUGGCUAUGCCUGCACUGCAACAGAGUCACGGACCUGUGAUCUGAAAAGGUGUCCGGGGAUGGAAGAUGAUCUGAAUGCAGCAACUGAAAAAGCAAAUGGAACAGAGUUGUUUGACUCAGAAGUGGACAGCUGCGACAAAUGGUUGAACUGCAAGAGUGAAUUCCUGAAGAAGUACCUCAUGAAAGCGCUGGCCGACCUCCCGAGCUGUCCUUGCACCUACCCGACCGAGGCGGUGUACAGCGUCGUCAGCGUCCGCGAGGACGGCAAAGGCAGGUUCUUCCGUUGGCGGGACGCGAGCGGGCCCAAGGAGCGCCUCGACAUCUACAAGCCGAGCUCCAAGUUCUGCAUCCGCUCCAUGCUCUCCCUGGACAGCACCACCCUGGCGGCCCAGCACUGUUGCUAUGACGACCAGAUGCGGCUGAUCACGCGGGGCAAGGGCGCGGGGGCGCCGAACCUGAUCAGCACGGAGUUCUCGCCCGAGCUGCACUACAAGGUGGACGUGUUGCCAUGGAUACUGUGCAAGGGAGACUGGAGCCGGUACAACGCGGUGAGGCCGCCCAACAACGGCCUCAACUGCUCCGAGAACCCUCCGGAAGACGAUUAUGCGGCCCAGCUGAAGGAAGCGAAGGAGUAUUGAAAAGGAGGGGGGCAAGCAGCGGGUCUCCGGAGAGUUGAGGAUGGAGAGAGAAAGGACGUUUACUUUUAAAAUAUGGCGAUCUCCGCCGCGAGCCCAACCUCCGACUCCCAUUCGCCAACGGUUGCUUGGCAACGCCAAGUGAGAUGGUUAGAAACUUCACCGGGAUGGCUCUAACUUACACACACACACACACAUAUAUACUUGUUCACCUGAAGAGGAUAGUUUCAACCCAUCAAAUGAUUGUGCACAAGAGGAAGAAGAGAUGCAUUUUAAAUCCUGCCACUGCUGUCUUCUGUGGCCCUGAGUGUUGAUGAGAAACGCAUUGCUUCAGGCACACGUUCCCACCCCUAUUCUCUGGCUUAUUCAGUACGCCCCUCAAAAAUUCAGACUUCUCCCUCUGUCUCAUUUACUCCUUCUUGCCCCCUCUCUCCCUCGCCUGCUUUUGUUCUUUUUUUUGCCCCAUCUCUCUUGCCCUCUCUUUCUCUUUUCCUCCUCUCUAACCCUCUGGCUUCCUCUCUUACUCUCCUCGCUCUCUACCUUUUCUCUCACGCAAAGAAUUCCUGGUUCCGGCUUUUCCCAGUUCCACUUCUCACUCUGGCUAAGGAGAGUCUUGGCAUUCCGGAUCACCUUCCAAACACACAUCCAGCGAAUCAUCAGUGACCUUCAUCUCGCUGAUUUGUGCGUGGGGUGAAGAAUGCCAAUUGAUCAGUCCAGGAUUCUCUCAAAAGUCUGAAUAUGAAGUGGAUGGUGUCGGUGGGAGGUUGUAGGGAAUUCAAAGAAUUGCCAUCUGUGGUUGAUGAUCCAUGGGAGAUGCCCGAGUGCAAAUUGACAGUUGCAUCUCUUGCAUUCCAGCAAUGGCUACAGUCCAAAAGUAUUUCAUUAGUUGUAAAACACAUUUAUCGAGUCAUACAGCAUGGAUGUUCUGAGAUUGUAACAAAAAUAGAAGUUGCUGGAAAAAUUCA